AUGGCCGCAUCAUUGGACUAUCCGGCACAGCAAUUCAGCGUGCACCGAAGGCCUGUACCGUCGACCGCGCCUGCCAUGGACUACCUGGCCCACUCUCGCACGCGUACCAUCUCGUCCAGCGUUGUUCCUCCUCAGCAAUACCAGCAAUCACCUCAACCCCCGCCGCUCAAUCAAUCUCGCCGCACUCUCUCCAAUGCCACCACUUCGACCACAAGCACCCACAGCAGCGUGCACGGCCGCGUUCCUGCCGCUCCUUCGUCAUAUGCUUCGUCAAUCCGCCGAUCAACUUCGUCCCGAUCGAACAACUCCCCUUCGUCAUAUGUCUCCCUGAUGCGGAAACAGAAGGCCACCGUCUGGUGCGAUCGUGCCCAGCUCGAGGACCCUCGCAUGCUCGCCCAGCAAAGGGCUGCCAAGAUGCGCGCUCAGAUGGAGGUUGUUGGUGGUGUCUCGGCUACUGGCAACAACCGCACAAGUGGAAGCAGUGGAGGCAUUGCCAGCAAGAUCCGUCAUCACGGUGCUGUCAAGGCUUCAGCAUACUCCGCUGCUGGCAACCUGUCCGGCGCUGGUGUGCCUAUGCGUCUGAGUGCUAGUGAAGUCGACGAGGACAACAGUGACGAUGACAGCGCUAUUGCUCGCUACCACCAACGUAACAACUCUGGUCGUAGCAGUCUGGGUUCAGGCCGUCAUAUGCGCGAAAGCUACUAUGCUGGUCCUACACCUACCGCCGCUCGCUUCAGCAAUGGUAGCACACCACCUAGCAACCACAGCCCCGUCGACAAGCACCCAGAGUCGCGUGAACGCCAGGACUCGAUCGCUACCACUCGCUCAUACUCUGAUGCCACACCCCAACAAGGUGCCCCUAGAAACGACUACUUCAACCAUCCCGGCGGCAAUGGCGGGUCCAGUGGCUCCAUCCAAGAAGAGCGAUCCUUUGGCGAUGUCGGAGGUCUGCCCACUCGUGCACCCCUCUCAUACAACUACGACCAACAAAAGACGAAUGACGAGUUGCGCCGACGAGGCAGCGUCGACGACCGCACAACCACCAUGAGCGGUGUACGCCUCUUUGUUGCAAACCCCGACAUGGACGACGACUAG